CGGACCAAGCCAGACGCUGCGGCGAGUGCGGCGGGGGCGGUCGGUCGGGGACCCGGCGGCACCCAGCGGGUGGGAGCGGGCUUGUAGCCAACGCGGUCACGUGAGCGGCCCCUCCUCUCGUGCCCGCCUCCCCCGCGCACCGGGCUCUCCAUUCAUAAAUUCUUCUGCUCCGCGGCCACCGGGCGCCGGAGCCAGCCGGGAGCGCCGCGCAUCUCCGCCCGCUGCCAAUGGGCCGCGCGCCCCGAGACUGAGGGCCCUCCUCACAUCAGAAUGCAGCCCACUACUACCAUGGCCACAGCUGCCACCACCUCCACCGCAGCCACCCUGACCAUGACAUGGGACAACACCACAGUCCGCCCCACUGCAGAGCCUGAACCCAUCCUGGACAGCUACAUGCUGUUAGUGGUGGUGAUGUCGCUCUUCGUGGGGGGAACCCUUGUGGUGCUGUCUGGUGUGUUGCUCCUGUGCAGGCGCUGCUGGGAAGUCCACCAGCACUUCAACAGAGCCACAGAGGAGUUAGAGAAGACCACCACCACCUACCUGGACAAUGGUACCCACCCCAUCCAAGACCCCGAAUUGAGGGGGGAGGACCUCGAGGGCCAGGAUGCAGAGACCGAGCGGUUCCUGUCCACCAGCUCCACUGGCCGCCGUGUGUCCUUCAAUGAGGCAGCCCUGUUUGAGCAGAGCCAAAAGGCGCAGGACAAGGGUCGAAGGUAUACCCUGACAGAGGGGGAUUUCCAUCACCUGAAGAAUGCCCGUCUCACCCACCUGCACCUGCCACCCCUCAAGAUUGUCACCAUCCAUGAGUGUGAUUCCAGUGAGGCCAGUGCAACGGCCAUGCCCCACCCCACCGCCCCUCCCAAGGCCAGCCUUGCCAUAUUCCAGCCCCCGGGGAAGGCCCUCACUGGCCGCUCCGUGGGCCCCAGCUCCGCCCUGCCAGGUGACCCCUACAACUCUGCCACGGGCCCUGCUGACUUCGAGAUCAGCCCCUCUGCAUCCAGCGACUCCGGGGAAGGCACCUCGCUGGAUGUGGGUGCUAGCAGCACCAAGCCUGCUGGGCCUGGAGCUUCUGUGGGGCCCCAGGAGGUGGGCCCAGGCUCUGGGGCAGGCCCUGUCCUGCAGUUCUUCACCCGCCUGAGGCGCCAUGCCAGCUUGGAUGGGGCCAGUCCCUACUUCAAGGUCAAGAAAUGGAAGCUGGAGCCCAGCCAGCGGGCAUCAAGUCUGGACACAAGAGGCUCCCCCAAGAGGCACCACUUUCAGCGGCAGCGGGCAGCCAGUGAGAGCAUGGAGCAAGAGGAGGGGGACACACCCCACAUGGACUUCAUUCAGUACAUUGCCAGCACAGGCGCUGCCAUGGCCUUCCCGCCCCCCUGCCCCUUUCUGGCCAGCCCCACCAGCCCAUCCCCCGCUCUCGGCAGGCUAGAGGUGGAGGAGGAGGAGGCAGGCGCCAUGGGAGGAUUGAGCCCCGAGCCCCCCACGGAGCGCAACGUAGGUGGUUCGGGGCAUGAGCAGCAGCAGGAGUCGGACAGUGAGCGAGAUGCAGGGCCGGAGCAGGCCCAAACCAUCUACCGCGACAUCUGGAGCCUGCGCGCCUCGCUUGAGUUGCAUGCAGCCACCGCCUCAGACCACAGCAGCAACGACCGUGACUCAGUGCGCAGUGGCGACAGCUCUGGCUCCGGGGGCACAGCGCCCGCUUUCCCACCACCCUCACCGCCGCCUAUGCUGCGCUCUUCGGAGGGUGAGGUGGGAGGGCCGCGCAAGCUGCUGCAGAUGGACAGUGGCUAUGCCAGCAUCGAGGGGCGCAGCGCUGGUGAUGAUGGGCCUCCCAAUGCACCCCAGAAGCACUCCUCCAUCAGUGCAAGCUAUGCGGCUACCACGGGGGGCAGCUUCGAUGGGGCCCCGCCUGAGGAGUCCACCUGGCCUUCCAGCCCACGUGCCUGGCCCCGUCGCACACCACGCCGGGACUACAGUGUGGACGAGAAGACUGAUGCCCUCUUCCAUGAGUUCCUGCGCCAUGAUCCGCACUUUGAUGACGCCCCGCCCAGUGCUGCACGCCAUCGAGCACGCGCGCACCCGCACACUCAUGCACGCAAACAAUGGCAGCAGCGUGGCAGGCAACACAGUGACCCUGGCGAGCGAGCUGCGCACUCUGCACCACCUGGGCCUGAUCCCCGCCCCACACGAGCGCCUCUGCGCCGUGGUGACAGUGUCGACUGUCCACCGGAGAGCCGUGCAGGUGAAGACUCGACGGCUGUCCCGGUGUCCACCAUCCCUGCCAUUGAGGAGGAACCUGGCAGCGGGUGCCCUGGAUCAGGUCUGUGUGCCCGACCCUCGGGGGAGCUGCUGGACAAGCUGGCAGCUGGCCUUGAGGACAGACUCUUCCUGCCACAUCUUGCCCAGCCAGUCAGCACAGCCCCCACGCUGGCUGCUGCCACUGCAGCACCCACGUCGCCAGACCACAGUCCUGCCUAAGUCCCACGCCCUGCUCUCCAGCUCCUAUCACAUGCACAAGGGCUCCGCAGAUGAACAUACCAGGGGCACGAGGUCCCAGUGUGUGUGCACUGAGAUUUCAUGCACACGUGUACCAUCCUGGAUGCCCAUGCUGCCCCAGUGUACAUGUGCCCAGUCCCCUCUGGUCACUAAGCUGGAUUCCCGUGUUAUUUCCAGGCCCAAGGACUCUGGUCCAUCUGGAGGGGACGAGGCACAUUCUCAUCUUUACACUUCGGAGGAACAUGUUUAACUGUUCUUACCCCAGACAGUGUGGCCUCUGGAUAGUGGCUGGGCCUUUGUUUGAAAGAGGCAUAAAUGCAGCACACACUUCCCUGGGCCAACUAAGCCUUGAGGCACAUCUGGGCUGCAGUAGCUGAGUCCACACCAGGGUGCAUGCUCCAAGCCUGCUGGAACAUGGACCACGGUGUACUGAGAAUCAGUGGAGUGCACCGGCAUAGCUGCCAAUUACCAGAAGCCGUUCUCACUGCUGUGUGUGUUUAAUGCAGCCCAAGCCUCCUCCAAGCAAUAACCACACUGACCACCACUGCUGCCCCCAGCCCUGGACGAGAACUCCUUGUAGUCCCUUCUGGGUAUCUGCAACUGCCCUCUGCAUGUGAGUGGGCUGCCUGCCCCACAGCCACACAUCCAAAGAGCCCCAAGACUCAUCAGUGUUUGAGACUUACACAAAAUCCAAAUGGCCAAGGUUUCAAGUUUCCCAAGCUUUAUUUAUUGCCAAAAGAUGGGGCAGCUCAGCCGCCCUGCCCCGCCAAGCUUCCUGCAGUCUGUGUACCAUUCAGUGAUGAAACUUCUUGUUUUCUGGUUGACUAUAAAUAUUUACUGCAUACUCUUGCUCACUCUGAGUUUUCUCUGGGGACCUAGGAGCAGAGGCCUUGGGGAAAAGGGCCAGGAUUCUGCUGUCACACUUGGCCCCCUGUGCUGUGUGAAUAGGCCCCUUGGUUCCAAGGGCCUAUUCAGCUUUGGAGAGGCAAGGUUGCCACUGCAAGAGCACAGAGACCCAGUGUGGCAAAACACCCCCAUGGAGGCCCAGGGCCUCCAUGCACUGAGAGCAAGACCUGAACACUUCGGCCAGCCCCUGCACUUUGGGGCCCACCGAGGGGCCCCAGGCACAGAUUUGGAUGACACCUGACAGCACAACUUGCCACCCGACAAUUU